CACAAGUCCAUGACCCAUGACCCCCCGCAGCCUAACGCCCUAACCCCAUCCUCUUCCCCUCCCCUCCCCCACGCCCGCCCGGCCGCCCCUUGCACUACUCAGCCACCGCCGCUUCUAAUCUGAGCAGCAGGGACACAGCCGCAGCUUCUCAUCUGAGCGGCAGGGACGCCGCCGCCGGCGCCACCGGCCACCGCAUCUUCUCCGGUUCUCCCCACUCGUCCAUCCCCGAUGCAGCAAACUCCACCGCAUCUGCACGAAGGAAGGAAAGGAGCAUGGAGACAACUCAGACUAGGACCCGCCGUCGCGCAUCAGUCGGUAGCAUCUCGGCUUCCAGUUCGUCAUCACGUCUUCCACAGCAGAAACAGAGCAUUCGGUCAACAUGGUUGAACCUGGUGGACUUGGUGAUGACAUGACUAAAGAGGAGAUGGGAGUUUAUGAGGAAGAACAAAGAAAGAUUGAUGAGUAUGAAAAGGAAAAGGAGAUGGAGGAACGACCUACAAGAAGGCAUACGAAGAAAAGAUCACCGAUGUGGGAUCACUUUUCUGAGGUACUAGUUCAUGGUAUGCUCAAUUUUGGAAAGUGCAAGCAUUGCAAUCGUGAUAUCAAGGCUGUUCCAGAGGUUAACAGUACAUCUACCUUAAAGAGUCAUUUUAAUACUUGCAAGUAUAAUCCUCAUAAUGAUAAGAAUAAGAAUCAAGGUACUUUGCAAGUUAUCCAAGGGGAAAGUCCUUCAGUGCAUAAAUUUGAUCCCGAAGCACUAAGGAAAGCUAUUGCUAAGAUGAUUAUAGUAGAUGAGCUUCCAUUUGCAUUUAUUGAAACAACUGGUUUUAGAGAAGUGAUGUCAAUUGCAUGUCCGCGUUUCAAUAUGCCUUCUAGAAGAACAUGCACUAGGGAUGUUGUGAAGGUUUAUUUUGAAGAGAGAGCAAAGCUGAAACUUUUUUUCAAACAAUCAUGUCAGAGAGUGUGUCUCACUACUGAUGGUUGGACUUCUCAAACAAAAGAUUGCUAUAUGACAGUCACAGCACAUUUUAUUGAUCCUGAAUGGAACUUGCACAAGAAAAUCAUUAGUUUUUUCCUAGUGAAAGGUGAUAAGGGAGAUAAUAUAGGAAAAGCCAUAGAGCAAUGCUUGAUGGAGUGGGGAAUAAAAAAUGUUAUGACAAUAACUGUUGAUAAUGCUAGCGCGAAUGAUGGUGGUGUGGGUUACAUAUGGAAGAAAAUGAUCAAAACUGGAAAUAGCAUAGCUGAAGGUAAAUAUUUUCAUAUGAGAUGUGCUGCCCAUAUUAUAAUUCUGAUUGUUACUGAUGGUUUAAAAGAGUUGGAUGAAUCAAUUAUGUGUGUGCGAGCUGCGGUUAGAUAUAUAAAACAUGGGCCAUCUAGAAUUACAAGAUUUAAAGAACUUGCUCAGUUAGAAAAGGUGGACAGCGAGGCAUUCUUGAGUUUGGAUGUAUACACUAGAUGGAAUUCUACAUACCUAAUGUUAGCAACCGCAAUCAACUUUGAGAAAGUAUUUGCGAGGUAUGAGGAAGAAGAUCCACUCUACACAUUGGAUUUAACUAGUGAGAAAGGUCCUGGUAUUCCUGUUGAUAGUGAUUGGGAGAAUGCUACGAAAAUGGCUGAAUUUCUUGGACAGUUUUAUCACCUUACUCUUAGUGUUUCCGCCACACUCCAUGUGACCGUGAACCAAUUUGUUAUGGAUAUUGCUGAAAUCAAUGUUGUGUUGGAAGAGUGGGCUGAUAGUGAUGAUAUUUUGCGCAAAACAAUGGCCAAGAAAAUGCAAGAUAAGUACGACAAGUAUUGGGGUCGUUGGCACAAGGAGGUUGAGAAUGAAAGGGGGAAGGGGAAAGGAAAGAAAAAGGAAGAGGAAGAGGAGAAUGUGAACAUGUUUGUAUUUGCUGCAACUGUUCUUGAUCCAAGAUUCAAGCUAUCAAAUUUCACAAAACUAGCAAUUGAAGAAAUGAAUGGUGAAUUAAAUGGAGGCAAAGCUUGGGAGGCGGUGAAGACAUUUAUGCAUGCUUUGUUUGAAGAGUACAAAGCUAAGUAUGCACCAAGUGAUGUAAGCAAGCAUGUGGGUGCUCCACAAUCUGAACCAACUCAAAAAAGGGAAGGAAGGAAAUUACUGUCUCGGAUAAAUAAAAAGUUGAGAGUUGGUGCCGAUGGUGAAGCUAGCAUGAGGAAAUCGGAAUUUGAGAAAUACCUACAUGAAGAGAAUGAAGUAAAUAUGGAUGAUUUUAACAUUCUAAAAUGGUGGAAGGACAAUGCUGCUAGAUUCCCAAUAUUGGCUAGAAUGGCCCGUGAUGUGUUGGCUGUUCCGGUAUCAACAGUUGUGUCUGAGACGGCAUUUAGCACAAGUGGUCGCAUUCUAAAUGAAUUUAGAACCUCUCUUACACCAUUCAUGGUCCAAGCUCUUGUUUGUGCCCAAGAUUGGCUAAGGGGUUAUAUUACUAUCAACAUUGAAGAAGAUGAGGAGGAAUUGUUAAGAUUGGAAAAGGAACUAAUUGAAGAGUUUGGUAGUACAAAUUCAUCCAACUCAAAAGCAAGCAGUAGCAAGUCUGUUUGCAAGCCAUCUGGGGUUGUGCCAUCUUGCCCACCUCGAUCCUCUACUUAAACAUUGACAACAUUACAGAUUCGCAAUGCUUGGCUAGAAGCUGGAAUGGUCAAGAUUCUCUGGACAUGUCAAGAUGUUCCUGUUCAUGAUGGCAAAUUGGGAUUCUUAUUUGUGGCUGCUCUUGAAAUGCACUUCAAUCUACUUCCUGUGUGCUUGUGUUUUGAAGUGUAAUAAUAAGUAAACUUUAGACUUGGUUGUGUUUUGUUGAACUUGGACUUUGGUUAUGUGUCCUGCAACUUGGAAUUUGGUUAUGUGUUGGGCUGGAAAUCUGGAACAUGACUUGGCUCUAUUACUUGUCAGUUUGUCACUUAUCACUAGGGCUUAUCACUUUUCAUUGUGGACUUUGGAACUUUUACAUUUGAUGAUUGGUUAUGCAUCUGUCACUGUUCUGAAAUCCUUGUAUUUGAUAUUAUGUGAUAUUUGAAAAGAUGAGAAUAUGCUAUACGCAUUUUCCAUUUUUGCC